CAUCGCAGAGUCAACAGUAUCAACAGACUCAUCACUAAUAGCCCUAGGAGACUCAUCACCAACUUCUUCCGUCCCGAUGGGACUACCUACCUAGAGUACCCUACCAUUUUGAACUUUGACCUUCAGAUGAGCAUGCUAUUCAACCAGCCAUUCCAGCCUGUUCAUCUCGACUUUCGAGGUUCAUACGCUUUUCCGCGCCUUGGACCAUAGACUGUCCUUGCACUCGUUCCCUCAUCAAUUCUUUGCUUACUUUAUCCGACCAAGAAACCGGCAACAUCAUUCAACAUGGACGCCCUCGCAUCUCAACCGCCGGUGUGCUCUUCGACCACCAGAUUGCCAGAUAGCCAACGACAUCAGAUCAAAGUGGCUAUCAUCGGCGGCGGCAUCUGUGGCACUGCCCUCGCAGCCGGCCUGCUAGAAUCCAGGUACAUAGACUGUCACAUUUACGAGAAGGUGCCUAUGUACCGUGACGUGGGGGCUGGUCUGUCCCUCCACAAGAACGCCAUUGGCGCGAUGAAGCUCAUAAAUCCGGAGCUCUUCAAUGCCUAUCAGAAGAAGGCCGUGGACAUCGCCCAGGAGAAUCAGGAGAUGGCGACCGAAGUCAUCCUGGCAGCGGGGAAACAUAAGGGUCUCAAGGUUGGCGAGCUCGGUCGUGCCAGGGGACGCAAGUCCGUCAGUCGCGCCGACCUUCUAGAAGGAUUCCUUGAGCUGGUGCCCAAGGAGAACAUCAGUUUCGGCAAGCAGGUUGUGAAGAUCUGGGAAACCCAUCAUGGAAGCGAAAGGUCUCGCACAGAUUCGGUCGCACCCUGCACUGAGGAUUCCGGCGAGUAUGACCACCCCAUCCACAUCGAGUUUGCGGACGGCAGCCGCGCCCACGCCGACGUCCUCAUCGGCUGUGACGGAAUCCACUCGAGUGUGCGCGCCUAUCUCCUGGGCGAAGAUCACCCAGCCACAAAACCCAAGAAUCACGAUGGAUGGCAGAUCUAUCGCACCCUCAUCCCGACAAAGAAGGCGAUUGAGAAAUGGGGGGUUGACGAGAAGUUGACCCAAACUGUACCCAUUCUUCUCGGUCCCAACGGCCACAUCAACAUCAUCCCCAUGAAGAAUGGCAAAAUGCUCAGUGCCGGGGUAGCCGUUCGCGGCGCUGCUCGACCGGACACCGCUAUCGGUCCCUCCUCCGUCCCUGCCUCCGCCCCUGCCUCCACUUCAACUGUCCCUCCAACCCCUCCUGAUACUGAGAGCGGUGUAGUGCCGUGGGUGUGGUAUGCAGCUCUCAACAACACCACUGUUGGUGAUCUCUUCACUUACCGCACCAAUUCAUCUACUCCCGCGAAUCCAUCCCCAGCCCCCCCUGCCUAUCAGACCCAACCUCCCAACUCACUUCCGGGACAGGGCACACCAAAGCUCAACCCCUACCUCUACAAAGACUACACCCGCGAGGCCCAAAAGAUUGUCUGUAUGGUCGCCGCCGACACCUCCGCUUCCUGGGCCGUUGCCGACCACGACAAUGCUCCCUAUUACGCCCGCGGCUGCGUCGCCAUGGCCGGCGACGCCGCUCACGCCGCGCUUCCCUUUGCGGGCAACGGUGCGGCGCAGGCGCUCGAAGACGCGGCCGUCCUGGCCCAUCUGCUGAGGACGUACGUCCGCACCCCCGAGAUGGCAGAGACGGCGCUGUGGGCGUACGAGAAGGUGCGGAUGGAGCGGUCGCAGAAUGUGGUCGAGAUUGCGCGCCAGUACGGGCGGGUGUAUUCGUUCAAUCCGGUCCAGCACGAAGGGAAGUGGGCCAAGCUGCAUGAGAAGCCGGAGGUCAUGAUGCAAUGGUUCCGGCAGCAGGCCGCUGUUACGAAUGAGUUUAAUGUCGAGUUACAGAACGAGUGGGCGGAGAGGCUGUUUGUGACUGAGUUGGCACUGAGGGGGAGGGCGAGGAUGCAAAGUUCGGAGGCGGAGGGAAGUCAAGGAACUCACACGCAGCCAAAGACAAAGACGGAUGAGGUCAAGAAUGAGGAGGUAAGCAAUAUGCAGACUAUGGGCGAGGGCACGUCUCCGACAUCGACUUGGGUGUCGUUGGAGACGAUCAGAGGAGGAGAGGAAGGGGAGAAUGUGGAACGAAAGGAAGCGGGAGUUGUGGAUGGGGAAGAUGGGGAACAUGUGGAAAGGGAGGAAGCGAAUGAUGAUGAUAUGCACGAUAUGGAAAGUGUGGCAAGCUUCGGACAGGACAGCGAUUAUGACUUCGUUGACGAUUACAUGGAUGAUGCAGAUGACGAGCUGGAAGAUGAAGAGGAGGAUGGCUCGGAUCUUUAGUAAUGGGAGGGAAAUGAAAACGACGAAAAGGUUGAUGAAACAACAAGGCGAAGGAUUGGGAAGAUUGUCAUAUUGGAUGCUCGCCGGAAGAAGAACCGAGGACAGGGAAACAGCCUCGCAGUCUGGAAUAAAAACAGGACGUGAGUAGUGGUGGAUAACGACUGCGACGAAAACCUAAGCAGGAGGAUAUCAAGCUCAGGAUGUUCAUGGGCAUCAGAUUGAUCAACAUAUUACACCCGAUGGGGGACACAAGGAGGAUGGCUUUAAAUCAGAGCAAGGCGAAGCAUGUAAGAUUGUCUUGAUUGGAUGCUUGCCAGGAAGAAGGAACCGUUCUUUUGUCGAUAGUCUGAACAGAAAUAGAAAUAAG